CAGACCUUUUGAAGUCAAGCCUUAACUUUUUCUUUCUUUCUUUCUCUAUUUUCCCAGUGGAGUCGCGCGGGCACAAGUUUCACAGCGCUUGAAUGGUCAGACUAUUAACUCCCACGCUCUUUACUGCCGAAAGUCCCUUUUCGUCUUGACCGCAGCGUGAGGAAAAAGGGGCAGAAGAUGACUUAAGCAGAGUGGGGCUCUUCCUAGCAGCUGGAUACCUCCAUACGUGUAAAAUGAAAGCCAGCUUCCCUGUGUUUAGCCCUUGCUGACAGUACCUGCCCACCAGUUGUCCCGGAGACCCCACUUCUCUCCUAAUUCAUGAGCCAGCGGGAUGUGGUAGUCCCUGUGCUUUCAGAACGGCUCCUCAUAGCCGCACACAAAGGCCAAGUGGAUAAUGUGGUGCAGCUUAUUAACAAGGGUGCUAAGGUAGCGGUUACCAAGAAUGGUCGAACUCCACUACACCUAGCUGCCUAUAAAGGUCACAGUGAAGUGGUGAGAAUUUUGCUGAAGGCAGGCUGUGACCUCAACCUUCAAGAUGAUAGCGAUCAGACCGCCUUACAUCGUGCUGCAGUUGUGGGGAACUGUGAUGUCAUCUCUGCUCUAAUUCAAGAUGGAUGUGCUUUGGACAGGCAGGAUAAGGAUGGUAACACUGCUUUACACGAAGUGUCCUGGCAUGGAUUCAGCCAGUCUGUCAAACUAUUGGUCAAAGCUGGGGCAAAUGUUCAUGCCAAGAAUAAGGCAGGGAAUACACCACUACAUCUCGCUUGCCAAAAUGCUCAUUCCCAGAGUUGUCGAAUUUUGCUCUUGGGUGGAUCGAGGCCUGAUAGCAAGAAUAAUGUGGGUGAUACGUGUUUGCAUGUUGCAGCCCGGUACAACCAUGUGGGCAUAAUCAGAAUCCUGCUUGGGACAUUUUGCUCUGUUGCUGUAAAGAAUCAGGCUGGGGAUACCCCUUUGCAUACGGCCGCAUCCUUAAAUCACAAGAAAACUGUGCGUCUUCUGUUGGAAGCCGGGGCAGAUACAGAAAUAACAAACAAUGUGGGUCAGACUGCACUGGAUUUGGCUAGAGAGCACAACAACCCUUUAGUGGCUCUUCUGCUCACGAAAGCUCCUCAGGUGCAGAGCUUUAGUCGAGGGAGAAAUGUGAGAAAAAGAAGAGACCAGCUAAAGCAGGAGAGACGGGCGCUGUCUGUUCCCAGAGAUGAACUUCUGCCUCCGAAGGAUAGUGCAUCUGCAGCAGAUGAAACCCACAGCAGUGACCGGCCUCAUUGCUCCAGAGAGCAGCAUAAGAAGGAGACAAAUGCCACAACCCCUGAACUGCAAACUAAAAGAGAUAAAAAGAAAAAGCCAAAGGAAAAGACCCUGGCACUUUCAGACCCAGCCCCAAAGAGAGAUAACGAGCAUGCGAAUGCCAAUCACAAGAGAAAAAGCAAGGCACCCCCGCUUUCCCAUCAGCAGCCCCCGCCACCCCACUGCUACAAAGCCUAUCAGCUUUAUACCCUGUAUAGAGGGAAGGAUGGGAAAAUUAUGCAGGCCCCAAUAAAUGGUUGCCGCUGUGAGCCACUCAUUAACAAGUUAGAGAACCAACUGGAAGCCACCAAAGAGGAAAUGAAAUCAGACAUUCAGAGUGUCCAGCAGCUGAUGAACAACAAAGUGGGGCAGCUGGAUAGCAAAUAUCAACACCAGCUGAAGGUGUUUGACAAGAUGACAUUAGAAAGAAUAUCUGCUGAAAAAACUGAAUGUCUUCAUCGGAUUGAUCAGCGUGCACUCUUGGAGAAACAGGAGGGCGAGAAGAAACAGGCAACCAUUGUCAGUGACCUGAAGAACUGGUGCAUGUCCAAGAUUCAGAAUUUUGAGGUGCGCUUCACUGGAGAGUCAAAAAACAUGCCUUGUAAUGAUGACUUUACGCAUGAUGAUAUUGUGCAGACCACCUGCCUUCCCAUCCAAGAUGAACAUGGGGUUCAGCCUGUCAGUUUACCUCAAGACUCCCAGAAAACAUCUGCUAGUGAAAUUUUGCAGCACAACCUGCUUGAAGCUUCAGUUCCUGCUAAGGGUUCAUGCACGGAAGAUGACCUCAGUAAACAAUACUUUGUUGUUCAGCAGGACAGCCCUCCAGACAAGAAGCCACAGCAGAUGGCUGAGUUAACGCCUCCAUUUUCAAAAGCACCUGCAUCUGCUUCUCCUCGAGUUGUCCGACCUAAAAAGAAAACGGUGCCGACUGCAGCCCCUACCAGGCCAACCCAGGAACUGCAUCUGGUGGAAGGCUCUUGUAAACCAAGACAGGCACAUCCUAAGGCUUCUGGCAACAGCGUCACUGGGGAUGAGCACACUCCUUGUGUUUCUGAACGGCGCAGCAGUAAACAAGUAGAGGGGAAGAGCAAGCAGUCAAAAAGGCAGCAUCGCGAACAGACAAGCCAGACUAAGCCAAGGUUGUCAAAGACACUACCGCUGUCCGGGAUAACACUUCAGGACUCUGAGCCUGCUAGCCCACAAGAUGAAAAGGGCCCUGCCCUGCCGCAUGACACCAUGAAUGCUCUGGAAAUGACACAGUAUUUCUUUGAGGCCGUCUCCUUGCAGAUGGAGAAGUGGUAUGAAAAGAAGUUUGAAGAGACUCGCAUCCAGGCUGACCAGAAAGUCCAGGAAGAGCGAACUCUACUCCAGAAACGCAUUAACAGCCUAGAAGAAGAACUGCAGUUGUUACGUGCAAAAGCUCACAAGGAGAGCUAGCAGAGUUGCACCAUGCAGGAUAUCUGGACAGAGACCUACAUACCGUCUGCUUCCUGUCAUUAGACAUUUUACUGGAUUACUUAUGAUCUUUGACACAGGAAGUUUAACCUGUAUCUUGUGCAGGUUAUUCAAAAAGUGCAGAUUAUUCAAAAAAGUGUUUCCUUCACACACAUCAAUAAGAUACUCUUUUGUGCUUCUUACAAUUUUAAGUGUUGUAAUUGAGCUCAGGUGGGUCUCAUCCAAAUUCGUUGUAUUACUAGACGAAGGCAGGACUUUCUAAGUGUUUCGCCAGUAGCUGCUUUCUGUUAUUCAAACACCUACAACUGAAGGCUGGAUUAGAUACAAGAGUACAGUAAAAAAAUGUCGUCAAAAACCCAGGGUCUGCCCAUUAAUGGCAUCAGCCUGGGAAGGACAUCCCUGACUGAACCAACAAACGAGAUGUUAAAGGUUUGUCUUCAUUUAGACUGUUAAAAUACAGUGGUGCCUUGUACUUUGAACUUAAUUUGUUUCAGGAGACCGUUUGAACUCCGAAUUGUUCGAAGUCCGAACAAUUCAAAUACACAUAAUUGAAGGUAAAAAUAACACAAGUAAAUGCCCUAAAUAAUAAAUUAGAACAUGAAAACAAUAAAUAAAAUAUAAUAAUGAAAAUUGCAUUUACUGUACCUUAGUGAGGAGUGCUAAAGUACCAUGUGGCUGGUGCAGAGGAAAAGAAAGGUUACUGUUUUGAAGGGGAGUCAUCUUUCAUAAACAUGCUUUGCGACAAGUUCCUUUAUCAACACAUUUUUCGAUACUACAACCUUCCUCUUAGGCUUAGUUGCUUCAGCACUCUUCUUGAAUGCCAUGUUUAAUACAUAGGGGUUAUAUUAUAUAUAUAUGUAUAUAUAU